CGCGAGCGCAAGUGACACCCCGCGAGUUCGUGUUUCGGUGAAAGCUGCGCGUGCGAAAGGAGCGCUCAAUCCCAGCAUCAUCAUGCUCAUCUUCAUCAUCCUCAGCAACGCUCUUUGCGCCGCUCUUCAAGCGUUAUAAAGCGUCUCUUAGCGGUCUUCGUCACCGGGAUCGUCUUCUGUGGCACUUUACAGAUAAAGUUACCCAGCAGGAGGAAGUUAAUCGUCUUUUUUUUUUUUUACCCAGAAAGAGGAUUUUUCACAAAAGGAAGUUUAGGAUUUUUGAACCGUCAUUUCCGAUACGGGCUUCCCAGAAAGGUGUUCGAAGAUGGCUGUCACACCCAUUUCAGUGGGAAGGAUAAUGCUAAGCUGAGAAAGUACACAGUGAUGCACAGGUGUCCAUCAUACUGAGCAUGAUGUCUAAAACUACAGAAUGCAGAUUCUAUAGCAACCACUAAGGAUCUGUUUCCCAGAUUGUUGCCUUUAGAUGCCUUACUUCACAAUGUCCAUGAAAUGCUUUUGUGAUCCCAUUCUGAAUGGAACUGAAUUUGAUUUCACUCCAUGCAACAUCUCUUCAUUCAACCACACUGGUAAUGGGAGUGGACCUUGUCAGCCCCAAACACUGGAAGAUAUCCUGCUCAGACUCCUUGGACCAAGGAGGUCUCCAUUCUUCCUCCCAGUGACAUUAACCUACAUGUUUAUCUUUGUUACUGGUGUGGUGGGGAACCUUCUCACCUGCACUGUGAUCACUAAGCACAAAAAGAUGAGAACACCUACCAACCUGUACCUCUUCAGCUUGGCCAUCUCUGAUUUGCUGGUGCUGUUGUUUGGAAUGCCUCUGGAGAUAUAUGACCUGUGGCAGAACUACCCUUUCCCAUUUGGUGAGAGCAUUUGCUGUUUCAAGGUAUUUUUGUUUGAGACAGUUUGCUUUGCAUCUGUGCUCAAUGUCAUGGUUUUGAGCAUUGAACGCUAUGUGGCUGUGGUCCACCCACUCAAGACUCGAUAUGCCAUCACCAACAAACAUGCACAAAGGGUUAUCGGAGGAGUUUGGGCUGUGUCUCUGGUCUGUGCCAUCCCUAACACCUCCCUCCAUGGCCUACAUUAUUAUUAUCUACCUGAGAAGGUCCUUGAAUCAGCCACCUGCAACCUUCUCAAGCCCCAGUGGAUCUAUAAUUUGGUGAUCCAGGUGACCACCAUUCUAUUCUACUUCGUACCCAUGACAGUGAUUAGUGUGCUCUAUCUAGUAAUAGGGAUAAGGCUGGGUAGGGAGCAGAGACAGAAGGGUAGGAAACUGGGGAAGAAUUGCAGUGCAGACACCAACUGGAAGAUCCAAGUUGAGAGUGGACGCAGGAGGCAGAUCACCAAAAUGCUAGCUGUUGUGGUGCUGGCCUUUGCUGUCUGCUGGGCUCCAUUCCAUAUUGACAGACUCUUGUGGAGUUUCAUCACUAAUUGGACCGAACACUUGCACAACAUCUUUGAGUACGUGCAUAUCCUUUCCGGAGUGUUGUUUUACCUCAGCUCUGCCAUCAAUCCUAUCAUCUACAACCUUCUCUCCAGCCGCUUUCGGGAACGAUUUUUUGAGCUAAUGUGUAGGCACCCAGAAGUCAACACUUCACGGAGCAGCUCUCCACCCUACAGCAAGAGGAUUUCUUUCCUUAAAAGCCAUGAGGCUCUCAGAACCAACUCUCAGGGCCGUAGCAACUCUUCAAAACGGCCCCAACCCUCUGUUAUCCUUGGCACUGGAUGGGAUCAAGAGCUUGACACUUCCUUCAUGUAACAGAAUGUAGGGGAUGUUCUACUGCCCUCAUUUUUUUAUCCAUUUGUCAUUAUUAAUGUUAUAUGUUUGUCAUAGGUAUGCUGCAGCAACAACAACAGCAGUUUUCCUUGAACUUUAUUUUAUAUUUUAACAAAACCAUUUGUGGUAAGAACAUCAGUGCCCUAUACAGUCAAUAACGAGGCACAAUAUGACAGAAUUAUCAUUUGGCCAAAUUUCUAAGAUACAUUAAAUCUAUUUAGGUGUGCUAACAAACUAGCAGGAAAACACCUCGAAAUGUCUUAAACACAUUUAAAAACAAAUGAAAAAUGGUGUUCAAUGACAGUAUUGUUAAAUAGAUACACAAAUAAUUCAAAACUGAACAAUACAUUUUACGAUAUUAAAGAUUCAGUACAAAUUUUACCAUGACAUUUAUAUUUUGUCAUAUUGCCCAGACCUGUAAGCUGGGGAAAAGAACACAUUAUCUAAUGUUAAAAAGCAUUCUGGUUUGUCUCUUAAAGUACUUGGAUUUCUCAAUGACUAUUAUUUUGGGGUUUUUUUUAGUAGUGGAUUUCUGCUACACUGUGAUUUAAUGUAUACAAGUAAUCAGUGUCAUGCUAUGUUCAAUAUUUUGCACUGGUUAUAUAAAAAAAUAUAAGUGAGCUUUCUGAAAGCACUGUAAUAGAGGUUGAACUGGUUUUAUUGAUGGACCAUGCUCUCCUAAUGGACAUCAGUUACCUUGGUAGCAAAAUGGUGGACUAAUUUUGUUUUCAAGGAUAUGAAAGGGACAGCAGCAAGAGAGGUGAUGCCUGGCUUUUUGUCGGCAGCAAACAGAUGAACAUCGAUUGAGGAAAGAUGAUCUUUCAGACAAAGACAUGAAAUAAAAGGUGCAUACAGAAGCUAAUGGGGUAAUCAAACCCCACAGAAUUGGCUGUGCAGGACUUAUAGAUUUAUUGUCCAUGGGAACUUCUGUGUGUAUCAAUGCUGACUAUAAUGGUGUGAAUUUUGCCAUUCCGAUGCUGGUAUGUAUCUCAUUAAAAUCAAUAGAAUGUGAAAUGUGUCACUGCCAAUUACUUAUAGGCCAUCAUGGUUUUCUUUUUUUGCUAUUAAUGUCUCAUUAAUA